GCUCUUGGGUUCCAGACAGAUUUCUGCAUGAUCUGGAUACAAGGCCACUCGCCCAGCUCCAUUCCUAGCUGAGCCCUAUCCGCCCCUGCAGUCGCCUUAAACCGGAGAACUUCCAAUCCUGCAGCUCCUCAAUAAUUAAAGGAUCGCAGAGCUGGUGGCAGCAGGGAAGGCGAGGGCCCAGAGUCCUAACACUUAACCAGUUCCUGGCUUAAUCAGCAGAACAAAUAGCCUCUGAGAGGGUCUGACAGGCCGUGUCUCUCCUGUUGUUACCCACUGGCUCCGCUUCCUCGGCUGUCUGGGAGGAGAGGCACCUCGGCAAAGGCCCCUGGAAUGCCAGCUUCUGGGAAUUUGAGCAGGGUGAGUGGGCGGGCUGCUUACCGGGAGACGCUGGGUUACCCUACCCGCCUCGGCAUGUCUGCGAGCUGUGUGGCCGUUUCUGCGGAUCUAAGCGACAGGUGGCAUCAGAGAGUCACACUUGCCUGCGGGCACCAGAGAAGACACUCGGGGACCAGGGGAAGGCCUCAGAAACCAAACAAAGGCCACUGGCAGACCAGUGAGGGGAAAGACUCCCAGGCCAUGGUUCCCCGAGACUUGGUCUCCAGAAUCCGGGGCUCGGUUCCCGCAGCGGUCAUACCCGACGCGUGGGGGAGGGGUUCCCGGGGCCUCGGGCGGGAGCCGAGCACCCAGCGUGCGACCCAGCGCGGGGCUGUCGGGCGGGAAUGCGCAGAACCCGGUCGCGGUGGCGGGUAGGGGGCUGGGUGGCGCGGGAGAGGGCGGCAGAACGAGGGAGUUCCAGAGAGUUGCCGCCAGAGGAGCAGCAAGGGCCCGCGGUCUCCUUGGAGACAGGUUGGCCAAUGACCGCAGCGGAAGCUGUUUACAGGGGCGGAGCGUCGCCAUGGCAGCAGGAGAAGCCUUCCGAGCGUCUACUUAAUGCCGGUCCCCGGGCCGUCGGCGCUCAGAGAAGCGCCGUCGGGCGAGGGGGGGGGGCGAGGAGGGGCACCAGCAGAGCCCUCGAGCUGGGGACAGAGAGCCGCGGGAGGCGGGAGGAACUUCUUCCAGAACCUUCCUCUGGCCGGGCUGCGCUCUGAGCCAGGCCCCACAUUCGUAUUCGGAGGAGGCGACCCCCCGGGUCGCGGAAUGGAAGUGAGUGUUCUGGAGACUGUGUAACUGGAGCCUCGGGUACCAGCGGGCCGGAGAGCGCGGCGGGCCACCCGGCUCAGCCCGUGGAUGUUGACCGCCCCCUCGGAGAGACCCCGCAGACAUGGCGGAGAGCUGGCUGCGCCUCUGCGGAGCAGGGCCCGGGGAGGAGGCCGGGCCAGAGGGCGGCAUGGAGGAGCCGGACGCCCUGGAUGACAGCCUGACCAGCCUGCAGUGGCUGCAGGAAUUCUCCAUUCUCAACGCCAAGGCCCCCACUCUGCCCCCGGGGGGCACCGACCCCCACGGCUACUACCAAGUGCCGGGCUCGGUCGCACCCGGGUCACCCCUGGCGGCAGACCCCGCCUGCCUUGGGCAGCCACACACACCCGGCAAACCCACAUCGUCAUGCACAUCUCGAAGCGCGCCCCCGGGGCUGCAGGCCCCGCCCCCCGACGACGUGGACUAUGCCACCAACCCGCAUGUGAAGCCACCGUACUCCUAUGCCACUCUUAUCUGCAUGGCCAUGCAGGCCAGCAAGGCCACCAAGAUCACGCUGUCGGCCAUCUACAAGUGGAUCACGGACAACUUCUGUUACUUUCGCCAUGCGGAUCCCACCUGGCAGAAUUCCAUCCGCCACAACCUGUCCCUGAACAAAUGCUUCAUCAAAGUGCCCCGAGAGAAGGACGAGCCCGGCAAGGGGGGCUUCUGGCGCAUCGACCCCCAGUACGCAGAGCGCCUCCUCAGUGGGGCCUUCAAGAAGCGGAGGCUGCCCCCGGUCCACAUCCACCCAGCCUUCGCCCGCCAGGCCUCGCAGGAGCCCAGCUCUGCCCCCUGGGGGGGGCCUCUGACCGUGAACACGGAGGCCCAGCAGCUGUUGCGGGAGUUCGAGGAGGCCACCGGGGAGGGGGGCUGGGGCACAGGAGAGGGCAGGCUGGGGCAUAAGCGAAAGCAGCCGCUGCCCAAGAGGGUGGCCAAGGUCCUGAGGCCUCCUAGCACAUUGCUGCUGACCCAGGAGGAGCAGGGGGAGCUGGAACCCCUCAAAGGCAACUUUGACUGGGAGGCCAUCUUCGAGGCUGGCACUCUGGGUGAAGAGCUGAGCUCACUGGAGGCCUUGGAGCUGAGCCCCCCGCUGAGCCCCGCCUCUCACGGAGAUGUGGACCUGACGGUCCAUGGCCGCCACAUCGAUUGCCCUGCUACCUGGGGCCCUCCGGGGGAGCAGGCUGCCGACAGCCUGGACUUCGAUGAGACCUUUCUGGCCACAUCCUUCCUCCAGCAUCCCUGGGAUGAGGGCGGCAGUGGCUGCCUGCCCCCAGAGCCGCUCUUUGAAGCAGGGGAUGCCACCCUGGCCGCUGACCUGCAGGACUGGGCCAGUGUGGGGGCCUUCUUGUAAGAGGUCAGGCCCCACCCCAUCUCCGGACAGUGCCCAAGUCAGGGCCCAGAACUGCCUCCCAAGACAGGCCCGUGGACAUCUCAGCACCCAGGCAGGGACUGGGCCAGGUCUCUGAAGGCUGGCUCCGUGAGGCCACACUGCUGCCAGCUGGGGAUGUCCUCAUGUCCAAGCCCAGAAGACUGGGAACUGGGAGCCCAGGACCAAAACUGCUGCCUCCCCUCCUCAGCAACCCCCAUACACACAGUGUUUCAUUGACCCAUGUUCCCCCAAGCCCAAGAACUGGCAAAGGCAGGCCCCUGGCCUCGGCACCGUGAGAGCUGAAGCCUGGCGGGGUCCUGCCAGGCCAGGGAGGAACUGAACAGGGCUCUCCUCAAAGCUCUGCAUCAUCUCACCAUUCCUGCUGCUUCCCUGGGUCUCUACCCAGAGAAAGUUCCCAGGUACAACAAAUGCUAAUUAGAUGACAGCAAAUUAACCCCCUGGAGGCCCCUCCCGGCAGAGCUUCCCCAGGGGCCCUGGCAGCCUUGGGUAGGAGAGUCGUGGCAGGAGACUGGGAAGGAAGGGAGAGGCCGCAGGGAGGGGGCGGCAAGGUGGGGCAAGACGGUCGCUAUGGCCUCUGGGGCCCCUUCCCGGGCCCCCCACUGGCAGAGAGGAGGCUGCAAACCUUUGGGCCUGGCUUGAGGCUGAGAGCAACAGGAAGUUGGGGUUUGGGGUGGUGGGGGCAGGGGCAGCCAAGCUGCUAGGUUGGGGGGGACUAAUAUAGUGAGAAUAGUUAUAGCUAAGACUUAACUGGGAGGGAUGCCCGGCUUGCUGGAAACAUUGGGACCAGGAAGGGGACAGCCCCUAUGCCCUGUCUGCAUUGGGGGGACCAGGUCUUGCUCCACCCUGACCCCUGGGGCUGGAAUCCAUAUCUACCCUCCACGUGGGGCAAUUUAACCUUUUUCAUGUAAAGUUCUUUACAAUAAAAUUUUUUUUCAAAAUAAAAUUUUUAAAAUUUGAA